GCGGGUCUGCCGGCCCGGGGCUGUCCAGGCUGCGCUCAUCGCGGGCGGCCUCAUCCGCUUCCAGACCCGUUCUUCGGCCGCGCUUUCCUGUCCUACUCUUGCCCCGUUUCUGCGGGGCAGCUCUUUCCGGUUGCCCUUUGUUUGGGUCGGCCAUUGGCGAGUCGGGGGCGCAGGUGCACCCAGUGGAGGUGUCCGCGGCGCGGGCGGAAGGCGACCCAAGGUGGAGAACGCCGCCUUCUCGGCAGCUCCGGGGCUCCCGCUGCCGGCGGACUGCGCGGAGACGCUGCCUGAGCGGCUGGAGUGCGUGAAACCGUCGCCGUCGCGUCCGGGAGGCAGCGGUGCGCGGUGCAGAAGCCGCCGCUGGUGCGUGGGUUUCUCGUUCCGGAGAAGGCAGCUGGUUUUCGAGAAGCUUGGGUGUAUUCUUCACCCACUCCUUGCCGCCUUACUCUCUUAUGAGGUCUUUUUCCUCUACAAAGAAGCUCUCGCCAAGAUGACCUACUCUACUGAAUGCAGAUGCCUGCAAAUCUAGAAGCUGAUAAACCCUGUCUCCUUCAUUCCCCUGCCUCUCCUGUUCCCUGUGGAAUUUAUCCUGCUAAGUAUUUUUAAAGUGAGACCUCCCUCGAAGGCAUUUGGAUUACAACUGUGAGCACAUCUAUGCAACGUGCUGAGCUGGCCUGAGUGACAUCGAGGUGGCCUCCAGACAAAUGAGAGGAAGCUGCUUUGACCUGUGCCUGGAACAUCUGAGCUGCUGAGGAGGAAGAGGAAGCUAACGUUGUGUGCAGAAGUCUGGCCUUGCAGGCUGGGGCGGUACUUGCAGUGCAUGCUGGUGGCCGUAUAUCCCAAGAGAAAAUACUCCCUCAUGAGAACUUCUUGACUGACUAACAAUUUUUGCUCAGUGGAGGGACUGCUGUAUGUCAGCCAUGCCAAAGGGCAAGUGAUGAAGGCUAUGAAUGACUUGUCCCAUACAAGCUUUGGCUUCUGCAUAUGGCGUAGAUGCUACUAAUCUCAGGAAUGAGGCACUUGGAGAACGAUAAGCAUGAGGUCAUCGUGGCACAGCUGCAUGUGUAGUCACCCUUGAAGCAGUUGCACACCUAACUGGCUGACAAUCUUGGCAUUUGAAAGGCGAGCCUUUUAAAGACAGGAGAGUGUUUCUGUAUGAGCAGUCACACAGCCCUGCUGGGUGUCACCAAUGGAGCCCUCUGGCACCGAACACUUCUGUGAUGACCCUGACCCUGGAGGCAGAUCCCAAGAUCAAGAGACCAAAAAGCAGCAUGAGUCAGAGCAAAAAUUAUCCAAAAUAACCCAUAAUGCUUUGGAGAACAUUAAUGUGAUUGGCCAAGGCUUGAAGCACCUUUUCCAGCACCAGCGCCGGAGGUCGUCUGUUUCUCCACAUGAUGUUCAGCAAGCACAGGCUGAGCUGGAGCCCGAGGUGGAGCUGGAAAGCCAGAGCGUCUGUGCUGACAUUGAUGGUGUCUCCACCCACCCCACAGCUCUGAACCGGGUGCUGCAGCAGAUCAGAGUGCCACCCAAAAUGAAGAGAGGGACGAGCCUGCACAGCAGGCGGGGCAAGGAGGCCCCGAAGGGGAGCCCACAGGUCAACAGGAGGUCUGCGCAGGAGAUCCAGGCGGGGCGACCCAGGUCCUCAUCCACUACAGAUGCUCCCACAAACUUGUCCAUGGUGGAGAUUGCUGCUUCUGUCUAUGUAGGUGGGGAGGAGACUACGUCAGCAGCAAUUGAGCGAUUGGAAGUCAGCAGCCUAGCACAGACGUCCAGUGCAGUGGCCUCGAGUACUGAUGGCAGCAUCAAUGCAGACUCUGUUGAUGGGACCCCAGAUCCUCAGCGUACAAAAGUGGCUAUCACACACCUGCAGCAGAAGAUCCUGAAGCUGACCGAGCAGAUCAAGAUCGAGCAAACAGCCCGUGAUGAUAAUGUGGCAGAAUACCUGAAACUGGCUAACAAUGCAGACAAGCAGCAAACUGCCCGUAUAAAGCAAGUGUUUGAGAAGAAGAAUCAAAAGUCAGCCCAGACCAUCUUGCAGCUGCAGAAGAAGCUAGAACAUUACCAUCGGAAGCUGCGAGAGAUUGAACAGAAUGGGAUCCCUCGGCAGACAAAGGAUGUCUUCAGGGACAUGCAUCAGGGCUUGAAAGACGUUGGAGCAAAAGUCACUGGCUUUAGCGAGGGAGUAGUAGACAGUGUGAAAGGUGGGCUGUCCAGUUUCUCCCAAGCCACACAUUCAGCAGCAGGAGCUGUGGUUUCCAAACCCCGGGAGAUUGCCUCCCUCAUAAGGAACAAGUUUGGGAGUGCAGACAACAUUGCUAAUCUGAAAGACUCCUUAGAAGAAGGCCAGGAAGAUGGGGCAGGAGGCAAGGCUCUAGGUGUUAUUCAGAACUUUCAGUCAAGCCCAAAAUAUGGCAGUGAAGAGGAUUGCUCCAGUGCCACGUCGGGCUCAGUGGGAGCCAACAGCACAACAGGGGGCCCUGUGGGAGCUUCCAGCUCCAAAGCAAACACUCUGGAUAUGCAGAGCUCAGGGUUUGAUGCAAUACUGCAUGAAAUUCAAGAAAUCCGAGAGACACAGGCGAGGCUGGAAGAGUCAUUUGAGGACCUGAAGGUUCGCUACCAGAGGGAUUACUCUCUGAUUAUGCAGACCCUGCAGGAGGAGCGGUACAGAUGUGAGAGACUCGAGGAGCAGCUGAAUGACCUGACUGAGCUCCACCAGAAUGAGAUCCUCAAUUUGAAACAGGAGCUGGCCAGCAUGGAGGAGAAGAUUGCCUACCAGUCCUACGAGCGAGCCCGGGACAUCCAGGAAGCCCUGGAGGCCUGCCAGACCCGUAUCUCCAAGAUGGAGCUGCAGCAGCAGCAGCAGCAGGUGGUGCAGCUGGAGGGGCUGGAGAAUGCCACAGCCAGGAACCUGCUGGGGAAGUUCAUCAACAUCCUGCUGGCUGUCAUGGCCGUCCUCCUGGUCUUCGUCUCCACUGUGGCCAACUGCGUGGUGCCGCUGAUGAAGACUCGCAACAGGACGUUCAGCACUUUAUUUCUGGUGGUUUUCAUUGCCUUUCUGUGGAAGCACUGGGAUGCCCUCACUAGCUACUUGGAACGCUUCUUGUCCCCCCCCAGAUGAUGGUGGCAGGAGCUGGCCGAGUGAGCCUGGGCAGGCGGAGGCGGGAGCGUGCCAGAGUGGAUCUGUUUACAUUAGAACAACGACUUCUCUGCCAGAUGCAUUGCAAUAGCGUUUUUUUAGAUUUUCUUGGAGAACUCUUUUUGGUGAGAAUCCUGGAUAAUUUUUAUGUAGCAUGGUUCUCUUUGGAUGCAAAUCUUAAGAUACUUUAAGGUGUACAGAAGAAACAAACAGAAGAGAUGGAGAGCACUCCGCGAGGCAGUUCCAAUGGCGCUCAGCCUCCGGCGAUGGUACCGCAGCAGCCCUGCAACACUAAACUCGUACUGUGAAGUCUGCUCACAUUCCAUGGCCAGCUGCAUGUGCUCAGAGUGGUCUCUUCCCUUACCAAGAGCCAAGCAGCAGCGUGUGGAUCUCUUGUCCAGCUCCGCAUCCAUGUUGGCCGCUGGUGCUGGCCCGGAUGGCAGCGACACUGCACCGCUGGCCAGCUUUGCCCAGCAGCUGCAUGGGGGCCUCCUGCCAUCCACAGUAACUGCACAGCUGUGCUACAGUAUUUUGGAGGAGGAGUCCUCGAAACACUUCUCUCCAGGCAGAAGCCCUUGGUCGCACUUUUAAGGUUUUUUUAAUAUAUGUAUAUUCACAGAUUAAAAAAAUCCAAACAGCAUACUUGAAGAGUGUAAUACUCCAACUCUCAGUGCUUCCUUAUGUUUCUAAUAGGAUUUUUUAUUAUAAUAAUAAUAAUAAUUAUUAUUGGGGUUUUUUUGAAAGGGGUUGGGAGGGUCACUGUUUUUUUUUUCCUUCCUUUUUUUUCCUCCCUUUUAAAUAAAGAAGUGAUGUUUUUAAAUGAAGAAAUGCGCGUGAAUAAUUGUGAGCCGUCUUGUCCUGAACCAGUUCUGAGGAGGGCAGAGAGAAGUUUCUAGUGCCAGCCUGUCUGGAGCACAGCACUGAUCAUACAAUGUGAUCUGUCCUCCAGGCCAUGCAGAUGCAGCAUCAUGGGAACCAUCUGUCUUCUCCACAUGUUCUUGUUGUGCAGGCCACUUCUCUCUUCUCCAGAUGUGAAGGAGAGUGUGUUUCUAGUUCUCAUUUGCACCUCAUCUCUCAUUCCUGGCCUCAGGAUAAGAACAAGGAAUUUCUCUUCAUCCCUUCCUAGGGGGGGAAAAAGUUAUUUUCAGGAAAGAGACACUGAAUCAAGAGUCCACUUAGAAGAAAGGUUGUCUCAGAAAUUGUCUCUCUGAUUAAAUUUUUAAGUAAUCCCCUAAAAAGUGAAACCAAAGUUUCCCUGCUGUCAGGCUCUGGUAAGAUCGUUUGUGUGUCUGUGCCAGGGUCCUUGUAUGCUGUCCUGUGUGGUGUGCCAUAGAGUGCAUCCUCUUCUUCAGCCCUGGGGCAGGUACCUGGUGCCUUUUAGAAGCUCUGAAGGAAGUGUCAGCUUCACACCUGGCUCUGAAGUCCUGGCAGCACGCUGUUGUGACCUGUUGGUGCUGACAGGCUUUGUGCCCAACAACUCUGCAUUCACUCUGCUGGUUUUUAACUGGUGGCCCUUUCCCUAACAAAGCCAAGACUCAAGUCACUUCUCCAUGAAAUCCAAAAAGUCUCCAGGAUUCUCUUUCAAAGCUAUUUAUGGUGUUGCUUAGAUCUUUCUGUUUUCCUUCCUCCCAGGUUUAAGUUUCCUCUAGGAACCAAGUGACCUAAAGCAGCUGAAGUCACAGCCAUGGGGUGUGUACAUCAUGUGUCUUGCACAGCAUCCCAGGGCUUUGUGCUGUAGUGCAAGUUCUGGGUGCUGGGAGGUUCCCUCAAACAAGGGUGUCUGAUUGCCAGCAGAGACAAGCCCUCUGCCAUCCCACCGUCCUUCUUCCAUUAAAGGUUCUGUCUGUCCUAAUGCAGUCACAGCAAACUCAGGUAUGCCCUGCCCAGGGACUCCAGCACGCCUGUCCUUGUCCCCACCUGCACUGAUCUGCUCCUGUCCUACUUCAGAUGCAAAUUGCCAAAAGUGACAGUGCUUUCUGCAGGGCUGCAGGCAGAGCAAACACUACAUCAACAUUCCUCCCCCUAGACCCUUCUCCUGGCUCCAGUGAAGCUCUGCUGCUCAGCACCCUGCUCUGGCUACUUGGGCAUUGGAUGGGUCACGAUGGCUUCCUCUUAGCAAGAAGCAGGUGUGAACAGCAGCGAGCUCUGAUCUGGCACCUUACUCAAAAGCUUGGUUGCCUUUACUUCUGAGUCCUGGCCUUUGCAGCUCUGUGUUUCUCAGUUUUGAUCCUGAUAGAAUUGCUCGUGGUAGGUUUUUGUGUGGUCAUAGCAGGAAGGGGCUGGAAGUCGAAUGGAUCCGGACGCUUGGUGCCACUGGGCUGGUGUGUCUGCAGGAGUGUUUAUCCGUCCUCUUCUUUAGAUUUCGUUCCAUGUCUCAAGUCUGUCUCUCUCAUCUUCAGCAAAUGCCAUUUGCUCAUUUGCCAAAAGGCACAGGCUCAGUAGAAAUGUAGAUCUCAAAAGCUGUUUGGUGCAGGCCACGUUCCUGUGGUUCUGGAUGAUGUCUGUCUGUCUCUGUCUGUCUCUUUCUUUCGACAGUUUCUUCCAUUCCAGAAAGCUGUCUGCAGUAAUGCUGUGUAUGAUGCUGCAUCCACUCCUCAUAUCCUCACACGGCUGCCAUGUGUUUUGCCUUUUACAUUAGCAGGAUGUUUUGGGCUUUUCCCCCCUCUUCACUUUGAAGGUCUGUGGUGGUUUCUGAUAGCUUAACAAUGAUUGUUGUUGGAGAUGUGAUUCUAGCUUUAAAGCUCCCUUCCCUCGUGGCUGUGUUUCUGUCUCGGUGGAGCAUUUCUGGAUGACGUAUAGAAGAGUUCCUGCCCUGUGUGUGUGUGUGUGUGCGAAGUCCUUCUAUUAGCCUUCCUCAUGGGUGCCAACUGUUUAGUGACCAUCUCUGAACUCUAGAAUGUUUUCCAAAACGUUUCCUAUCAGAGUUGAAACGACUCUGGAGUUGCUUAGCUGUGUUUAGCACAUAUCAACUUGGCAUGUGGAAAGGGAAAGCAAGAAUGGGCUGUGUUAGUUCACAAAGCAGCAGCUCCCAUUAAGGUUCUGAGGGUCAGGUGAAGUUCAUCUGUUCCCCCCUACCGUGAGUUUUCUCACUGUAAAGAAGAAAGAUAAUGCAAAAAAAUAAAACCACCAUUCUGAGCUCCCCAAAGUUCUCUUUUCUCUCAGCCUCACUAGCUCAGUCUAAUGGUACCACAGCAUGCUCACAGCAAUGCCUGCAGUGGUUUAGUCGGGUCCCGCGAGUUCUUUAUGGGCUAAUGUGAAAUGCCAAUUCCUGUCCCUGCUGCAGUGGGACGGACAAACACUGCCUCUCAGCUGUUCAGUUAUGCAUUUUUUAAAGUAAAAAGCAGCAUUAUAACAAAGGAAGUCAAGCAGUGAGGGGGGUCAGAUUUGGGUAGUUUUGGCAGUUUCUAAGUGAAUUCUGAAUGUGGCUAAAGAGUAAACCCCUGUGUGUCUGUGUUGUGUAUGCCAGGUGGUAGUCUUAGGAAUUGACUUAGCUGUAAGUGUGUUUUAAAAGUGUAAAAAUAAACAUAAAAACUCACUUGCACGGGUUGAGAAGUACAGAAAUGACACUUGUGAACGUAACACUGUAGUUUAUAGAUCGUAAGCUGCUAAUUGUUGAGAGAGAUUUACAUUUGUCGUGUCUGGUGGUCACAGAUUUGUCUGUGGCACUUUUACUGUAUAUAAAAAACUUCAAAUAAAGACCUCAGCUAUUAA